GCUGCGACCUACGCCUAGCGACCUAGCGACCUACGGUAAUCUGUACCACAUUCACAUCCAAUACGUAGUAGGUAUUUGAGUCGGGGGACCAUUUUCUAAAUUCGCAACUUCGCACUUUUUUUUCGCCCUCAUCCUCAUCCUCACAACCGCGCGCCAUUCCACCAUUACCAUUCUUUUUCCCGACCUUCCCACUUUUCCCUUAACAACUUCGAGCGCAUCCGUUUGAAAGCUCUUUGUUCCUUUACAUCCGUCCUUUUCGCCGGGUCUCUGGCAAAAACAUAAUAUCUCGCAUUCGUCCAACACCUCAUAAUCUCUUGGGUCGGCCAACACUUAUACUCAAUUUUAUAUCCACCCCGAACCUCUGCGACCUCCCCUCCCUAAUUCCCUCUAGACGCAAUCCUGGCUCUUCAACCAAAGGCCUUCGGCGAAGGCCCAACCGCUGUGGCCAAGAUGGCCCAGCCAACGGCAGAGCCCGUUGAGGAUUACGACUACGAGUCGCUCCCGCCUAACUUCUCAUUAACACAGAACAUGGUCGCCGGUGCCUUCGCGGGCAUAGCUGAACAUACGGUCAUGUACCCGAUUGACGCGAUCAAGACACGAAUGCAAAUCAUCAACCCCUCCGCGAACGCCGUAUACAAGGGCAUGAUACAGAGUACUAUGCGCAUAGCGAGCGGGGAAGGUGUUCUUAAGCUAUGGCGAGGAAUGUCGAGCGUGGUCGUUGGAGCAGGACCUGCACAUGCGGUUUACUUCGCGACGUAUGAGGCUGUCAAGCAUCUGAUGGGUGGUAAUAGGGUCGGUGUCCACCAUCCCCUCGCAGCUGCUACGAGUGGAGCCUGUGCGACCAUUGCCAGCGAUGCGCUGAUGAAUCCCUUUGACGUGAUCAAACAACGCAUGCAAAUCCAGCACUCCAGCAAGAUGUACCGAUCGAUGACCGAUUGCGCACGAUACGUCUACAAGACGGAGGGGAUCUCCGCAUUUUACGUCUCUUAUCCUACCACAUUAUCCAUGACAGUACCAUUCACAGCCCUCCAGUUCCUCGCCUACGAGUCUAUUUCUACUGCCAUGAACCCUUCGAAGACCUACGACCCUUUUACCCACUGUAUGGCCGGUGCUGUAGCUGGUGGCUUUGCCGCGGCUCUAACGACCCCAAUGGACGUAAUCAAGACGAUGCUCCAGACCCGCGGCACUGCCACUGAUCCGGAACUUAGAUCGGUGAAUGGAUUCGUGGCGGGCUGCAGACUCAUGUACCGACGAGAGGGCAUGCGUGGAUUCUUUAAAGGGGUUCGGCCGAGAGUUGUCACUACUAUGCCGAGCACGGCUAUUUGCUGGUCGGCUUACGAGGCCUCUAAAGCUUACUUCAUCCGCACUAACACUACAUCGUCGUCGUCGUCGUCGUCGUCGUGAUGGCAGGGUCUGAAUAAGUGCAACGUAAGUCUAGUGUCGUUUUUU